GUCUUAAUUUCACCACCUUAACGGCCUCAACAACCACCAUGGUCAAGAAAGCUGAGUUACGGCGGAGUUGCACCUUCUGUCGCGCCCGCAAGAUCGCCUGUUCUGGCGAGCGCAUUUGCACGGCAUGUCGCGAUCGAUCUAUUGAAUGUGUUUAUGGCCUGGAGGGGGCCAAGGGUCGUCCUUGCCUGGGUAAAACCUCGCCAGGUAUACCUCCUGCUGCUACUGCUGCUUUUCCUGCUCCUACUACGGCUGCUGCUGCUGCUGCUGCUGCUGUUACCAUCACCACCACCAGCCUGGCGGCAGAACUGGAUAUUAUGUUUCGCGAGAACUUCAGUGAUGGUGAUUCCACUACCCCUGUUCCAUCGAAUAUAUUCCAAGACCGGGUAGCCACCUUUAAUCGGCGUCUUAUGGCAGGGAGAGCCAACAGCCCGCAGCGCUCUGCCUCCGCGCCGACAGGGAGUAUCAGUUACCCCGGCCUUCUAGCUCUGGCCAUGCAAGAGUUGAUUGAAACUGUCGCCGUCAAAUUCAGCAACCUAGGCUGUCAUCCCUUCUUCGGACCCGGGGAGAGUUUUUAUCACGCCUCCAUGCUGCAGGACACUACCAAGGCGAUGUUCGAUAGUCCCCCGGCCUCCUCCUCAGACCUGGAUAUCUGGGAUGACUAUAACCCGCAUCUCAUCUCCCAGUAUCUUGAGAUCUGGUUCAGUAACCAUCCCUUAUCGAUCCUAAUCUCCAAAUCACUUCUUCUCCGCGACCUGCGCAGCCAGAAGGCCAAUCGGAUAUUGUUGGCGAUCCUGCUGGCGGACGCCCAUCACUUUGCCGAGGAAUCUGUCAAGGGAGAUCGCCUGGUGCAGUGGGCCAUCGCGCAAUUACCCAGUGCUCCUGCAGGGAAGGGGGAUCUCACCACCGCGCAGAGUCUCCUACUUCUGGGCUGGUACCAUGCCUGCCGCGGGCGCUCGCGUCGGGCAUUAUGCUAUGUGGGAUACGCAGGCCGUAUCAUCACGACGUUGAAGUGCCAACUGUCAGAGUCGUCUUUGGCCGGGCAGACGCACAUCAAUGGCGUUGAUCACGGCGCAGUGGAGGCAGAGCUGAUUCACAACAUAUGCUGGGUGAUGUUGGCCCUCACGCUAUGGUCGUAUAUCCAGAUGGAUAUGCCUCUGCUAGAUCUGCUGCCCGCGCGGCUCAUGCAGGUACUCCCUGCCAGCUCAGAGGCCGAGUCGAUGCUGCUCCAACUCGAUCGAGCAACCGAGAACCUCUCUACCCUGAAGUCGCAAUCUUCUUCCUUGCAGUCGGUGUGGCUGCUGGCACAUGUCACCUCGCUGAGCGCGCGUCUGUACGCCGUCUAUCCACGGCCCCAAUGCGGCUCGCCGGUGCCGCAACCGUGGCAAGAGUCGAUCCUGCACCGGCUCGAUCGCCUCCUGCACCAAGGCCGCAGUCUGGCGCAGGUUUGCGCGGGGGCUCGUGACGCCCUGCUGGAUGUCGUUGCGACGGUGCAACACGGAUCGGGUGAUUGCUGGGGCGGUCCCAUACUGCUCAUUUUCUACCAGGCUGUUGCUUUGCAUCUGCUCUUCCCACGAAAAGAGAUGGGAAACGACACCGCACAGGUUCUUGUCCUCAGCGACUCGCUCUUUCAACGGCUCACGACCUCUAUGCAUGAUUUGAAGCAGCUGUUCCCCGCGAUCCAAGCCUUCUCGCAACAUCAUUUUGGCCACGCAGCUAACACGGUGUCCGCCUCGCUUCAUUUCUACAUGCUUGGCCUGGACGCUGUGAGUCGGGCUCUCAUGUAUAUGCUCACUCUAUGGGACCGUGCCACAACAGUCGAGCAGCAGCUCUGGCGGGAUAGGCUUUCCAGGCUAUUAGAGAUGGGGCUGAGGAUGCAAGAGCUCUUCGAUCACGAGACUCUCUUAAAGGAUUGCCGAUGGCGCGCAGUAAAGCGUCAGCUGAAGACGGCUUGCAGCAGACUCGAGGGGGUGGUUUCCAGCUUCCGAGAUCAGUCCUCCCACGGCUUUUCUGGUGCAUUGGACCUCAAUCUGCCUUUGCAGCAGAUACCGGCCGCGAGAAAUCCCACCACAGAGCCGAUGUCUUCGUCCUCGUCGCUCGUGCCCGUCGCCCACGAUACGGACUUUGAGUGGCUGGACUUGCAAGACGUCACGAGCCCCCCAACCACGGCGUCCAAUUUGCGAGACUUCGGCCUCGCAUCGUUGGCUAACCCCAUCCCCAUUCUGUCAUUGAAUCCGUUUGACUCCCUGCCCGGCGUGACUGGGCCAUCCUGUAUGGUUCAACCAGGCCAGACUUCUAUGCCGUUAAGCUUGUUAUGGGACGAUGCAAUGAUGAAUCCUAUAUCUCAAUCGGUGGGUGUCAUGCCAUCGCCGCCGUCGGUCUCGCUGGGUGGACUUGGUCCGAGUGGCCAGGAGAGCCAGAGGAAGCGAUCGUCGAACGAUCUCAGCGGUGUGGAGGAGGGGGAUGCGUGGGUAGAGGAACCGAAGACGAAGCGAUCAAGGGAGUUGCGCUCACAUAGCUCCUUUCAUUAAGCAGGCGUGUAUUGAAUCGUGCUGUCGGUUCAGAUGUCUGUCCUCAGUAUCAGUCGUUGAGGAAGUUGUAAGCUGACGCUGCUCGGACUUUGUAUGCGUUGUUUUUCCAUGGCUGAUUAAACCUCCGUCGCGCCACGGAGAUCCGGCGG